AUGAGCACUUUCCAUCCCUUCUCGAACCUUCCUAUCGAGCUCCGUACGCAAAUCUGGAUCGAUGCGAUUCCUGCCCAAGAUGAGCCUGCGGUCUUUAUCUACCGCGUGGGCUGCUGCACCAUGACCCGCAGGGUGUACUGGGACGACCAUGCAGAGCAUCUUCUUCAGUUUGACUACUAUUUCAACUUAUUCUCCAGGGUGCAAGCUCUAGAUGGACUGCUCUCCGCCAGCCAAGAGUCGCGAGCGAUCACCCUCGACUGGCUGUCUCGGCAAGAUGUGCUGUCCAGGCGACGGUAUGCCGGCGGUACACUUCAUGUCGUACGACGGUUCAAUCCCAAGAUCGAUACGCUGUACCUGCCGACGCCCUGUGUCGUCCAUUUCGGGACGCAGCUCAUAGACCUGCUCUACCAGCCGGAGAACUACGACCAGAGGAUAGGCCCCCAGCGGACGCACCUGAGGAGGCUGGCGAUUCCCCGCGCCGCGUUUAACAACGGCGAGGUUGAGAUAUUGUCCGCCGUCAUAGAGUACCUGGAGGACCUGGAGACCUUGUACGUGGUGCUGAAUCACGGCGACGUUGACAACGCCGACGAGGGCGUGGGGGAGCAAAUUCCGCGCACGCGCUGGGAGUUUUGCAAUCAUUCACUUUCGGAUAGGGAGAGAGACGAUCUUCUCACGGGCUCGUGA